AUGACCCAGAUUUCGCAGACCGCGUUGCAGAACCUCGACGAGUCGUCCCGAAAGGAGAUUUUGCAGUUCAUCGAGAGCGAGAACUCCAAGUCCAAGGUGCAGAUGUCCAUCCACAACUUCACGGACUUGUGUUUCAAGAAAUGCAACGAGAACGUGCCCAUCGCCACCAGCACGUUGAGCAAGCCCGAGGAGCGGUGCUUGUCCAACUGCUUGAACCGGUUUUUGGACACCAACAUCAAGGUGGUGCAGGCUUUGCAGGGCCAGAAGUAG